UAGGGGUGUGUCCUGAGGGAGUCAGACACAAUGACUUGAUCCUGGAACUGAGAGGUACUGUCUGUCCUGGAAAAUUAAUGACGAUGUAAUUCAGAUGCACAGCCCAAGGACAGGUCAACCACUCCUCUCAAGUGAGCAAAGAGCCAGUACCUUCCACAGGCAGCUGCUGAAGACCAGGGUUGCAGGAUGUUUGCUCUGUUGAUGCUGGGGAUGGUGUUUCUGUCCUCCCCAUCUUGGGGUAAGUCCUGGUGAUAAGGGGGCGGCUGGUGGCUACUUAAGAAGUGACUGGAUGCUGGGAAAGGAGGGGUUUCCAAGACUGGCUGUGGGGCUGUGGAGGUCUGGGAGAUUGUGACAAAUGGAGACCGCCUUUCUUUCUCUUUGUAGGUGACCUUCAUGAGCUUGAAGGUAUGACCAUGGCUGGUGUAAAGGUUUUGGUAAACAGUUCAUUUGUGACAUGUUUAGGAGUAAACUUCCCUUCAAUUUACUAUGGAAUCCGUAGAGUUCAGUCUUCUCCUGGCAUACUUUCUCUAUUUCUAUUAGUAAGGAAGUGAAAAUACCUUUGUUUCCUUUUACCCAUUACUGACAGAAUAUUCAGUUUAGACAAAAUGUUUAUUACUUGAACCCUAUGGGUAAAUUCUACAGGAACCCUGACUUCCUCAAAUGGUAUACAUUUGUUUUACGUCUAUAAGCUUCUGUCUCACAUUCCCAGCACUUGGGAGACAAAGGCAGGUGGAUGUCUGUAUGUUCAAGGCCAGUCUAGACUGCAUGAAGAGUUUCAGGACAGCCAGGGCUACAUAGAGAGACCUUGUCUCAAACAAAACAAAACAUUUCUCUCUCUCAUAAUUAUUAUAGGAGUCCUAUUUGGGCAAGGUUAGAACUAAUGGAUUAAUAGUUAACUUCCCACAGAGAAGGAUCUAAUUGCAAAAAUUUUCUCAGAGACCACAAUCACCAAGUACUUCUUUCUGUAUCUCAAAGAUCUUGGAACAAUGUGCUAUAAAUGUAACAAAUAUCAUCUUGGGUUAUGCUAUGAAGUCAUGAGUUCCUGCACACUGAAGCAUAGACAGUCCUGUGCUGCUGAGAACAUUUACGUACUCACAAGGAAAGGGCAGAGCAUGUAUCAUUAUUCGAGACUGUCAUGUAUGACCAACUGUGAGGACAUCAACUUCCUGAGUUUUGAAAAGAGAACAGAGCUCAUCUGUUGCAAACAUAGUAACUAUUGCAACCUCCCCAUGGGACCCUAGUUCUGAAUUUCCUGUGGAUUUGUGGUCAUUCUUCAACUUCCUACCCACUCCCUUUCCCCCAAAGUCUGUAUUUGCUCUCCUCUCCUAACUAAUUGUAAGUGAGAAAGUCAUCUGGCAUUGAAAAGGGAAGUAGUCAUGGGAGAAAUUGGGCUAGAAGCUCAGCGUCAUUGCCAAGUGAAUCUUUGCAAAUUCUUGUUCUCACAUCUGGCAGGGCACUUUGGUUCGCUGACAAUGCUACUUGUUGUGAGUAGGCUCAGAAUUAGUGAUCUCCUAUAUGAAAACAUAAAGUCUUGGGUCAAAAUCAUAUCCCCACUUUGUACAGGAAAACCUGUGAGUAUGCUCAGAAUUAUUGAUCUCCUAUAUGAAAACAUAAAGUCUUGGGAUCAUAUCCCCACUUUGUACAGGAAAACCUGUGAGUAUGCUGUCUUGGUCUGCACCAAGUCCUCUGAGUUGGGGUUCUCUUUGGACUAGCUCUGAGACUUCCUGGCUCAGUACUUUUGACCCAUGGAUUCUGGAGAUAGGGAAGGGGUGGGCCCUGCUUCCCAAUUUGCUGAUGCUCUGAGACAAAUUUUUGUCUAGUAGAUUUCAUGGGGGAAAUCUCCGGUGAGAAAAACCUAAACAAACAGAAAGAUUAAACAACAAAACUUUAGGAAUCUGUGGACGUUGUCAUUGAUGCAGAAACAGUUUGGUGUGUGUGGAUCUGGUUUGUAUUAUCAAGGCUCUGGGUUGAACCAGGUGAUUGGAUUAGGGAUUGAGGUCUUGUUCAAAAUUGAAUACUCAAUUUCUUCUGAUGGGAAUGAAGGAAAAAGUGGAAAUGGGUUUCUAUCAUAGUUAAAGGUAACAGAAUCUGCAGAUAGCGUGAGGUACCACUCUAGUUUACUUUCUGUUGCUAGGAUAAAACAUCCUGACCCAAACUAACUGAGGAUAGGAAAGGGCUUGUCUGGCUUAUACUUCCAAAUCUUAGUCCAACACAGAGGGAAGUCAGGGCAGGAACUCGAGCCAGGAGCCUGGAGGCAGGAACCAUAGGAGUACAAUGCUUGAUAGCUCAUCUGCAGGCUUAUGCUUAGCUAGCUGUCUCAUACAAUACAAGACCACUUGCCUAGGAAUGAUACCACCCACAGUGGUCUGGGCUCUCUUAUGUCAAUAAGAAUAAUCAAGAUUGUCCCCCACAGAUAUGUCCACAAGGCAAUCUGAUCUAAGCAAUUUCUUAAUUGAUUGUGCUAAGCUGACAAAGUUAACUAGGACGUGAUAUUUGGGUAAUAAUGUAUGCCACCGUAAGAUAGAGUUAUGAGUAGCAGAAAGAAUGAAAGAGUAGAAGUUAACACCAGUAAGAGGAGAAAUAUGCAGACAGCACAUGCACCAAGCACCAAGGUAUAAACAAAACCAGAGUAGCACAGACACUGGAGCAUCACACGAGGGGCCAAGAUGGACAGAGGGUAACCAAGUUCCGCUGGUUAGGAAGCCUACUGCAAUCCCCGCUCCUGGAUUCCUGUGAGCCUUCUCAACUAUAUUAUGCCACAACAAAUCCUCCAAUGAACAAAUUGUUCUACUUGAGGAAUUAAAUGAACUUUCUCUCCUUGUCUUGUGUCAGAGAAUGUAGUUGUUGUUAUUUUUGGGGAAUUCCCAAUUUGGACUUUAUAGUCAAGGAUGGAUAAAAAAACACAAAAUAAAAACCACAAAACAAAUAAACACCCCUCCUAACCAACCCCAAAUCCCCAAACCAAACCAAACCAGAAACCGUGGAAAUAGUUUUUCAGAAUAGACAAGCAGGUUGGAAAAGCCAAUGUAAUGUGGGAGCUUGAGUUUGUGUCAUGGAAUUUUGAUGUAUCUGGACUCUUUUAACCCUUAACUCAUGAGGAUUGUAGAGGUCAAUGCAGGAAAAAAGAAUGUUAUUUGGCAGUGGGUUUCAAAAUAACCUUUAAAAAGAUCCCGAACCAAUGUUUAACAAAGCCAAAUUUGGAUUUUGCUGAGCAUGAAGUUGUAAGCUUGUUCUGUGCUUCAUGAACAGAUAUCAGGAAUAGGAGCCUCACAGCACUGGGUUUUUAUGCAGACAUGGGUGGUUUUGGUGCUGGGCAGACUCUGUCCUGGUCAAUGUACCUAGUUGCAUGGAUCUUUGACUUUUGAGAGCUCAGUGGCUUACUUAUCUAUAGAUUUUUCUCUCUGCCAAAUGGGAUUCGCUUUGUCCACUUGCUAAACUCUCAACCAAUGAGUGUCUAGAGUAUUGGACCAAGGUAUGGAUAAGUCUGUGGUAUAAUUUAUGCCCAGCACAUUUUAUAAAUGGGACAAGUCUAAAGCUAGUCUGUAACUGAGACCACAUUUUUAUUAACGUUUUCCUCCUUCACUUCUUUGCUCCAUUUUUCUCUAAGUUUUAGAGGGGGUGGCAUGACAAACACUAAGCAAGUACCCACUGAGCUACCCCCAGCCCUAUUCUCUCUCUAAGUUUUAAGUUGGGAAACAACCCCAACAUUGGGAAUAGAGCUCUCAAACACAAUGAGCCAGGUUGGAAAAUGAAGUUUGUUUUGUUUCUCUUGAGAAACAGGGUGCAGGGUCUGAGGACAUUACUCAUGAAAGAGGAGACUCUUGGAUGCACGAUUCCUCACAAUCUGGAUGAAACUGUCCUCAUCCUUGAGGAUGUUUUCUUUUACAUCACCCACCAUGGGAUAUUCUCCCCAGUUCUAGUGUGCAGUUUGGGCAAAAGAACAGGGUAAAACCUGGCUGAAAAUCUCUUUCCCUAAAUGAUGCCACACCAAGCAUCUUCUUUAUUUGGCAGAUGCUUGCUGUGGGAUGGUCGGUAUGGCAAAUGUGUUGCUCUGAUUGGUCAAUAAAUAAAACACUGAUUGGCCAUUGGCCAGGCAGGAAGUAUAGGCGGGACAAGGAGGAGAAUAAAGCUGGGAAGUGGAAGGCUGAGUCAGAGAGACACUGCCAGCCGCCACCAUGACAAACAGCAUGUGAAGAUGCCGGUAAGCCAUGAGUCAUGUGGCAAGGUAUAGAUUUAUAGAAAUGGAUUAAUUUAAGAUAUAAGAACAGUUAGCAAGAAGCCUGCCACGGUCAUACAGUUUGUAACCAAUAUAAGUCUCUAUGUUUACUUGGUCGGGUCUGAGUGGCUGUGGGACUGGCAGGUGAGAGAGAUUUGCCCUGACCGUGGGCCAGGCAGGAAAACUCUAGCUACAGAUGCUCCUCUUUCAUGUGUUAGAGUAAUUACACAGGGAUUAUUUUACAGAUAUCCUCUUAAGAAUUGUACUUGGGUCGGCAACCUGUGAAUCUGCAAUUGACCAACAAAUAAUUCACACACCUUCAUACAUUUAUCCAAAAUGAAUUUCACAUGUAUUAAAGCUGUAAUUGUGAAAAAAAUCAAAUAAACUUUGACUUUAAAAAGU